AUGGAGAAGCAGACGUGCGUGAUCUGCGGGAGCUGUUUUCUUGGAGCUCCUGAUACUGACGCACAGAAAUGGCUUGGCCACAUACGUCUCUCUCGUUGUCGAUCAGACGAUUCGGUUGCCACUCUCACAGGAGUUGGGUACCUUGACCCUCCCGGAUUCACUGUGCCCGAAGAUGCAUCAUCUCGAAUCAUACCCGGGGAGUCUGGUCCUGGGCUCGAACGACAUCGUGAAACUGCUUGUUCCCCGACAGUUGUCUUUCAUGAAUCAUGCUGGAAUAUGCUGUUCGAGUACAUGUCCCUCAAGACAAACACUCGACACGAGGAAAACGACGUAGCUCAGUGCCUCUAUGAUCUCAUCUUUGAUCUUCCACCGGGUAAGAACUCGUCUGUUUUUAUCGGACAGAACGGUUUCACAACUCCUUGCCGUGGAAACACUGCUUUGCCGAUAAUAUUCGAAUAUGCAGGAGCAGAUCCGGAUAUGCUGCUUCUCACGCAUGUCGAGAAAGAACUUGCCGAGACAGAAACAGAUCUCUUGAUUUUAGAAGGUAGCCCCAACAGCUUCACAAGCCUACCCACCAAGUUGGUCCAUCAUAUCAUCACAUUCCUGGAUUCCUCAUCUGUUUGCAAUCUCAGACUGUCUUCAAAGGUCAUUGCCAGCGUCACUGGUCCUAAGGAUCUUCCGCAGGCCUUCUGGGCAAGUCGUUUCGCCACCGAUGACGAACUGGAUUUCUUUCCGCUUGACUGCCUCUCUGCAGCUGCUCGCAACGACUGGCGUCAGGUGUAUUUCGACGUCAGACACAGCCUGCUGGACUGCUCCAAAACGGGCCACAUUCACAAUCGACAACGAAUCUGGAGUUGUGUCAAGCGUCUGAGUCUUCCCUUGAAGAUGAUGCUCGAUCAACUCCUUGACGUGCGACGCUUCAAACCGCUCCCUAUAGGCUUUGGUUUACCAGGGUAUCUUGGUACAGAGAAAACUCAAGGUCUCGCCAAGCGGAGGGAGCUCAGAAUCAAAGCCGAGCAGUAUCUUGCCCUUGACCCGGAAUUCUUUGAGACAGGUGAUUUACGGAUGUCCAUAUCCACCAUGAUCAUCAAAUCCACUACCUACAUCUGUGGCAUACGAAUCUCGAGGGGAGAUGACAAGGUUUCUGGAGAUGAAAUGUCACGAGUUGGGUUUGUUUUACCUGACACCGAGACGCAUCUCUGUAUACAGCGAUCAUCGCAUUUGACAGCUAUCCGGGUCACUGCUUCGAUCGGAGGCAUAAUCGGACUCAGUUUCCAACAGACUGACAUUGAGGGCAAGUUCUCGUGGCAAUCGGCGGACCAUCGCGACAAAUUGCUGGAUUUCGCCGGUGUAGUAACUCUCAAGCCGGCAAUGAACGAGCGGAUCUUGGGAAUCAUCGUUGGCUUCGAUACUUACAAAGCCAUCUCUAUCCAAUUGCUGGAAGAUCCAAUCAGUUUUGCUUCACCCUCAGCAUCUCGAAUGUCAGUGAGGAUGCAGCCCCGUUGGCUAUGGUACCCAGUCGAACCAGACUCACGGAACCUCAUUGUGCCACCCCAAAUGGCACAACACAGCAUUCCAGGGCAACCAACUCUUGCGCUCAACAUGAAUUUUGGCGGCUCAGAUGGAUCAUGGCUUCCACGUCUCAUUCACGUAUCUGUUUUUACCUCUGCAGGGACCAACGCACCCAAGGGGUUAGGGUUCUACUAUGUGGACGGAUCCUGCAAACGGUAUCUAUUCCAAAGUGAUAUCUCGGAUUCUAUAUCCACUCGUCUCUGCUACGAAGUAGGGUUCCCGCUGAAUGGUUCGGGUGGAGAAAGAAUCAACGGGCUUAAGCUCGAACGUUUGGGCGGUGAAGUUAUCCUCAAAAUCACCACCAACUUCCAUCGGGUGCUAAAGUCGAACCAAGCCGACCAAGAAAAGGAGUCCAACGAGCUAGGUCUAACAAACAAACGGAAGAUCGAAAUUCGAGAGGUUCCAGAUGGCCAGACUAUUAUUGCAAUUCUUGCAUCUGUCGAGCCCUCUGAGAGCCACGGAAAUAUAGAGUCUCUAGGAAUUAGUUGCAUCCAAGAUCGAGGUGCUCCAUCAACCACUACCACGAGGCCCAGUCUGUCUGCCCGCCAGUUCUGUCUUCAAAGGGGCCAUCUGUCGGGAUGA